GACUCUCUAAAAUCUUUAGUUGCGUCGUCUUCGUCUUCUGAUUCUGAUGUGUUUUGUAGUUUUGUCAUUCAAAAUAUUUUACUAUUAGAAUAAAACAUAAUUCUGUUUUAUUUUUAAACUGUACUCAAUUUUCUGAAAAAAUAUUUACAUUCUAUCUAAUUUAAAGUAUUAUAGAGAAAGUGACAAACUUAUUAAUGAUUUAUAGCUUUGUAAACUUUAUGUUUGUUAGGUUAUGAAGUGAUGAGAAGUGUAUUUUGUCAAUAUUGUAAAAUUUUUGUUAGCAUUAUUGUUAAAACUGAGAGAUGAAGAUGAUGAAAACUAAAUCAGCAUUAAAAUGACGAGGGACUGAGUUGAAAACCCACUUUAUAAAUAAUUUUAAUAAUUUAAAGACAUUCAAAAAAUGUAUACACUACUCUAUGGAUUGUAUAAAUACAUGGUACAGAAAGAUGAGUUCUGUGUUCUGAUUCUAGGGUUGGAUAAUGCUGGCAAAACUACUUAUUUGGAAGCAGCAAAGACAAAAUUCACAAAAAACUACAAGGAAAUGCAUCCUAGUAAAAUAACAACGACAGUAGGUUUGAAUAUUGGAAAAAUUGAUGUUGCUGGUAUUCGAUUAAAUUUCUGGGAUCUGGGAGGACAAGUUGAACUUCAAUCAUUGUGGGACAAGUACUAUGCUGAAUCACAUGCCCUUAUUUACAUUGUUGACUCUUCAGACCGAGAGAGAAUACCAGAUUCCAAGGAAACAUUUGAUAAGAUGAUAUCGAGUGAGAGUCUGACCGGGGUUCCAUUGCUAGUGCUAGCCAAUAAGCAGGACAUUCCCGAUUGCAUGGGAGUGCGAGACGUCAAGCCCAUCUUCAAUAAAAACGCGCAUCUCAUUGGUCGGAGAGAUUGUAUGGUUAUGCCAGUAUCAGCAUUGAAUGGUGAUGGAAUCAAUGAAGGUAUUAUGUGGUUAGUGGACUGCAUCAAACGCAACAUAGAUAUACGACCGCCCAGAGACCAGGAUAAUACAUAACAUGAAUUAUGGUGGAAUUCUCCGGUGAUAAUGGUGCUUGCAAUAAUUCUUCUUGGGACAAUCCCCUAGCAAAUUGAUAUUUUUGAGAUAUGUAGUUGGUAAGGUGGAUGUAACACGUCUUAUUUGCAGGGUUACUGCUGUACAAUGCAGUUUAUCGAAGAGGAAGUGUUGUUUGGACUAUCAAAAAUAAUCUUACCUAAUUAUUGCCAAUUAUUUUUAUUAUUUAUUGCUGAUGAAUUAUGUAUUUUGAAUAAAGCUGAAGAGAGUGGGUGCUCGGCACGGGGAUAAAAAUAUAACAUACUUGAUGGGUUGUCGUUAGCACAUUUUGUCAUUUCACUCACAAACUAUGAAGCUAUGAACUAUAAAGAGUGCACUCACUUCAGUCAUAAGCUUUACAGCUUCUUUCCCUGUACACAUGGAUUUAAAAUGUAUAAGUAAGAAAAAAAUGUUGGUUGAGGUUUUUACCUUCCAUUAUUGCUAGUGAUUUUAGGAGAAUCUUGUAUUAGUCUGCUCAAGGUAUUGUUUUCAAAACUAUGAAAGGGUACUAUUGAUUUUUAAAAAAAUAUUUAGUUGGGGAUAUUUGUAACUUUUACUAUACAUACAAAGUUUAUAAAUCCGAUUUCCCGACAGAAUCUCUUUCAUUUUUCAAGACGUUUCUUACAUUGCUUCCACCUAUCAAUUAUAUUAUAUUGAAAUUUAUCGAUGUGUUAGAUCAUUGCAACGAAUACUGAGAGAGUUUCUAAUAUUCCCUCAAUGACGAAUUCAUUAUAUUAUUGUAUAUUAUCAGGGAUCCGACUAAGAAUACUUCAUGUAAUAGAAACAACAGUUCAUUGUCGAGCAUUCCUACAACUGUGAUAAUUCUAUUGUAAGACAAUGUGGAUGCAAAUUUAUUGUUAUAAGUUCAGUGAAUGUCGAAAGGCAUAUUGUUAGCCUUGUUGUGAAUCUGGUGUGUGAAAUGAAAAUUUAUGGUAUGAAAAUUGAAGUUUUAAAAUAAUUAUUCUUUAAUUCAUGAGAAAAUGACAUAAUGUGUAAAACUCUUAAUAAAAUACUGUUGAAUAAUAAGUUUUUAUAUAAUAACGAAAUGUCA